AUGUCGGGCAUACCGCGAUAUAACAAUGCACCACUAAAUGCACGAUCGGGUGUUCCUGUCCCUCCCACCGGGCCUUCAACAUCCUCUGAAACGGCCGCGCCUGCAUCAUCAUCAGAACCUCUGAGCAACAGCAACCCCACCACAACAUCCUCAUCAUUCUCUUCGUAUCCACGAGCGCAACCCGCAGCUGCCGUACCCAUUCCUACCGGGCUUGCAAACUCGCAACGUUACGCCCCUCCCCCCGCAGCUGCAGUUACGACGGCCAAACCAGAGCCAACGCGCACGAUAGAAGAAGAUUUCGACGUACCACCUGCACCCCAACCAGGUGCUUUUCCCAAGCCGACUACUGGGUUCGCGGGAAAUACGUUCACAUCGCAAACUAAAUCUGUGCCUCCGCCUCCGAGAGCGGGGUCUUCAUAUGCUGCCAAUCACAACGCGACUCCUUCAAUGCCACCAAAUCCAAGCGCGGGGCAAGUUGGGACGAUGGAGAAUCAUACAGAAUACCCCCCUCAGAUGAUGAUUCCGCCGCCAAGCGUCACCAGCGCACCGUUUUCGACGACGAUGACGAUGGAUGCGAAUACGGCAGCUCAGGCAUCGGGUUCAUAUGGGACAAUGCAUCCUCAACCGGUUUCUGUUGGCGAUGCGUAUGCUCGUCGUACACAGCAGGAAAACCAGGGAUAUGGACAGCGACGCAGUGUGGAAUACCUGGAGCAUCCACCAGGAUACGUGCAGAAUGCAUAUGCGGCUGAACUGAGCAGUGAUCAGAGGAGAGCAAUGGAUGUGAAUGAGAGGAGAGAAAAUGCAAGUGCAGGUGAAGAGGAGGGGAUCUGGGAGAGUGCAAAGAGAUGGGCUGGGAGUGCCGGGAGUAAGUUGAGUGAGGGGGAAAAGGAGGUUUGGAGGAGGAUCAAUGGAGAGUAG